UUUGAAUACACAUAUGCGUCUUCACUUCAACAUGUAAUGAUCAAUUUUAUGACAAAUAUGUUCCAUAUUUUGUAAAGUUGUAAACUAUUUCAAAGAUUUUAACAGAGGACUUGGAGUUAUUUCGAUCUGUGACUUUUAGGGGUACUCUACAGCAUUAUCCCGUUCAUCAAAGGAGAAACUGGUGAUAGAAUAAACGGUGACAAAAAAUUUUGCUUCAACAUCAUUUUUUUUCUCUCGUAGGUAAUGUAUACUACCGAACUAAAGCUUGGAGGUCAGUGACGCGCUUUCUUUGCGUGAAUAUGACCAAUGAGCAAAAUAUGAAAUUUUAAUGAAUUCUAUAAACAAAGUGAUUUCCAAGUUUCUUAGUACUCUCAAAAUAGAUACACCAUGUAUAUCUUAACAUAGUUAUGAGUUUAUGGCGAUACAUUUAGUAAACACCACCUGCACUGAAAAUGUAUUUAAGGAGAAUUUUGAUUAUCUCGCAGUAAAACGCUUUAAUAUGCAAUAAACUCCGCAUAUGGCAAAUUCAUCGGGACAUGCAAAAUAUAUUUGUCAAGCCGGGGUUUGUUACAAACAUAAGUAUUUUUGUAUUGCAAACUGAUUUGUACAAAAUAGUUAAUUCUCCAGCUGAACGAAAACGUUGUAGUUCUUUUAAGAUUCAUUUUUCCAACUUAUUUAAUUAUCCUAAACAUUUGAAACAAUAAAACAGUUAUUCUUAUAUAAUUGGUGAGGUAACCCCGAAAGAAACCUAGAGAGGUAAAUAAAAUCUGGAAAGUAGAUCCCUCGGAAGCACCGAAAACAAGGCAAGCAGUAAAAAUUGCAGAAGGUUUGAUUGAGUCUGUUCAUGAGCAGUAAUAGUCAGAGGUGCUGGGCCAUUGGCACUCUCUUAACGAACCACAGUACCAUACAAUAUCGCUAUGACUACACAGCCAUCCGGUAUUCAAAAAAGAGGUGCUGAAUCUCUGAGAUCCCACCAGGGGAUUCAGUGCCGGGCUCUGCGCCUCGACAGCGUCCACCCACAGCUACUGGGGGUCCCUCCUUCAAUCCACAACAUGUAAAGAGAAGAAGGAGGAACAUACCAAGGAGAAGAACCUUCAGGCUGAUGCAUUGGAAUGCGGAGGGUUUCUUCAACAAGAAAGCUGAACUGAGCAUAUCCUCCAUGAGAAAGAUUUCAAUGUCUGUUGCAUUCAGGAAACUCACCUACAGUCAGAGAAAUCCUUCAAAUUUAGAGCAUACCAGUGUUUCGCUGUGACAGAAUUGGCAGACGAAAAGGAGGCAUCAUGACAUUGGUCAGGAACAGCAUCAGCGCUGUCCAGACCAACACGCAUAUGGAUGAAUCCGAGUUCAAAGAUCUGAGCCUCGGAAAGAACGAGUUCAACUUGAAACUUGUGAAUAUAUACGUUCAAAGUGACAAAGCUCUGUCCCUUGACAAAGUUACAACUGAUGAAACCAGGUUCAUCAUUGUAGGAGACUUUAACAGUCACUUACAAAGCUGGGGAUAUGACCACCUGGAUAGACGUGGGGAGUAAGUGGAGACCUGGCAAGAUGAUAACAAGAUUAACCUCAUUAAGAAGCCUGAUGAUCCCCCAACUUUUUACUCCAGAAGCUGGCGAACAACAUUAACCCCAUGAUCUUACUUUAUGUACUGAUGACAUACACGGACAUGUCACGGAAGUCGAUGAACAAUCAGGAGGUAGUGACCAUUGUCCAGUCCUGCUUACUUUGGACCGUAUAGCCUGUACCUCACCUAACACCCCCAGAUAGAACUACAAGAAGGCCAGGUCGACGUUUUACCAAAGUCUGAGUGAUGAGGUAUGUAAAUACAUCAGAGUGGAAGGUAUCAACCGGGGUGUGAAAGACUUCAACGCCAGUAUACUUAAGGCUGCGUACAGCGCCAUUCCAAGGGGAGCAAGGAAAUACUAUAAGCCCUACUGGAGUGAUGAGUUGGAGAAUCUACAGGAAAUGCUAUCAGAAGCCAAAAAUGUAACCUCUCUCUACUGCGAGCCAAGGCCAAAUUCCUCAGGCACAAACAGGAAGCACAGAGGAAGAGCUGGAGAAACAAAAUAGCCUCGCUCAACCUAGAGUGAGAUGGCCAAAAUCUGUAGAGAUUGACGAGACAGUUGAACGAUGAAAAACAGGAAGAGGCUCAGUAACCUUGAAAGAGAAUGGUCAAUUGUUGACGGGUAAACAAGCGGCAACACUUUUGCCUCUAACUAUAAAGAUGUUUCCAACACCCCCAUCAACAGGGAACGGCAAAGGGAAGCCCGAAGAGAAAAAUAGGAAAGCCAAGUGACACAAGAUUGUUUGAAGCAGGGUCUUAAACUGAAUGAGCUACAGACAGCUCUUAGCCAGUUGAGGACAAAUAAGUCUCCUGGACCAGAUGGAGUCACAAAUGAAAUGCUGACCCAUCUAGGCACUGUAGCCAUUUGCAAACCCCUGGAAAUUUACAACUACAGCUGGUCACAAGGACUGCUUCCACAGAUAUGGAAAGAGGCAGUCAUGAUCCCCAUCCACAAGAAAGGGAAGGAUCCAAAGAAGGCUGCAAGAUAUCUCCCAAUCAGCCUAACUAGCCGUGUUGGAAAGACCAUGGAGAGGAAGUGGUACAUUGAGACUAACAACCUAUUUGCAACGCAGCAAGCUGACUUCAGACAAUUCCGCUCCACUGAGAACCAGACCACUUAUCUAUCGCAAGAGAUAGAGGAUGCCCUCCAAGAGCAGAAAGUCGUGCUUACAGCUUGGAUUGAUCUGCAGAGAGUGUUCGACAAGAUUUUAUUUUGCAUAAAAUGAAGAAGGGCAAAUAUCGGGACUUUUUUAACUGUUCCUUAUAACUGGGAUUCGUUAUAAUCGUACUUGUUUAGGUCAAGGUAAGUGCAGAUAGUUUUUCAAGUGUGUCUAACACAUAAUAACGAUAAAAAUAUAAAAAAAACACAUACAAUGUAGUUUGUUAAUGAAAACCAUAUCACAAAACUAAUAACUUUUCUAUCAAUAUCUAAACAUGCUAAUGGCAGUUUUAACCCAUGAAAAAAAUCGUAAUUACUUAAUGUCUCUAUUUGUACCGGCUUACACAUUUAUUUUUAUAGUGAAAUAACAAGAAGAUGGAAAAAAAUAGUUCGGCCUCUGAUCUUUGUAUUCAAAGUGAAGGUUUUCAGAACUGGAUGAAAUGUGUCUGUGCACAAGAUGAAACAAGAAAAGCCCUCUGUGAAGUCGUCGAAGUCAAAUGGAAAGGUUACUUGUCACAAAUGACAGAGGAAGAGAGAGAUCAUAUAGAAACGUUUCUAGGGUGUUUAACAUACGCAAAAAUAGACAAUUUGAAGACGAGACAGAAUCAAGCAGUUCUUGAAUGUGGCCAUUCUCUAUGUGGCUCGCUAUUGCAAAAGUUGUUACAACUUUGUAAUAACAACCUACGACCAAAAGAUGAGGAAACCUGUGGUAUACCUUCCUCCCAUUCUUGUUACCAACAUUAUUGGGAUAUUGCGAAGUUGUAUAUCGCUGAAGACGACAGUGUGACAAAGACUGGCCUGAAAGGACUAGAUAUAUCCAUGUUAUCAAGAAUGAUGAGAAGCUGCCAGCUGUUCGCCUUCGAUGGUUCCGAGGAAUUAUAUAACAUAAUAUGUGAGGACAGAGAUGAAUUGUUUCAUUCAAGUAACAACAACAUAGCAGAUGAGAAAAGAAGCAUAAUGUUAAAAGUAAUGUCAAAUUUGCUUUCAAACUUUUGUGGGUCUAGACUUAAACUGUGCGAAGAUGUUAUUGGUGACAUUAAGCAGAUUGACGCAAAGGACUGGCUUUCAGAAUAUCAGUACGAGUACAAACAAAUAUCAAGACAAACUCUUGAGUACAAAUUGGAUGCCAUCAAAUUGGACAUGUCGUUUCGUCAAGACGAGACCUUGCAGGAGCUACUGGAUUCAUCAGAGAAUCUAUUAAAGGAGGUCAAAGAUAGUAUAUCUGCUGACGAAUCGAAAGAAGAACGGGAACUGCAAAAAGAAAAAGAAGAAAUUAUAUACGAACGAAAUGAUUUCAUGGAAGACGGACACAAAUGGUUGGAGGAAAGUGUUGCUCAGCUUGAAAAAGAACAUUGUCAAGCGAGGCUUCUUCUUGUGGCACAUUGUUCCUUCUUUCACUACGGCAUAGACAUCAGUUCUUUACAAUCAACAUCAAGCAAAAUAAAAGUUACCUGCUUAGGAAGUUUUCAAGAUGUUUUUGUUCAAAUCGACGGAAAAUCUAUCCUCUUUGACCCAUUCGAAACCAAUCUGCUAGAAACUCACGAAUACUUUCCUCGUGAACACCAUGACCAUGGAAACAUCAAAUUUAGAAAUGCACUGCAACAACGUAAAUUCGGAUUGGAUGCCGUAGCUUUGAGUACUUGCCUAAACACUUUUACUGCGACCACGGUGAAGAAAAUCACAAGUAACCCGUCAAAUAAAGAUAAAGACGUCAAAUGGUUAACUCCAACCGGAAGGAAAGACUGGCUGAUUAGCAUUGGCGUAAAGGAAACCAAUAUUAUAGAAUUUGCUGUUUGGGAGCAGAAAACCAUAUCUUUAGGAUGUACUGAUAUAACGUUUGCCUGUACCAAAGCAAACAUAAACAGUACAUCAUUAUACCGGAAGAAGUGUAACAGCUGUGGCUGGGUCAUAAAGGGGUCCGAGAGAGCAUUCUAUUCUUCUGGAAUAACAAACUACCACGAGGAAGACUUUAAAGCGGUUGCAGAGAAGUACGGCCAAAUUCACUUGGCAUUAUUACCGAUUGAUGAAUGGAAUAUGUCAUGUUUGGCUGAAUUCAAAAUCACCUUGAAUGAAGUUAUAAAAAUGCAUGUAAAUGUUGGAUCUAAAAAAUCACUGGGUAUCUGUACAACCCGGAAUUAUCUGGAUCAGGAUAAGUCGGAUCUGAAGCAGGAGAUGGAGAAAUUGCAAUUAGAGCCUUCUACAUUAUUAUAUUUAAAACCUGGGAAAGUGUAUGAAAGUGAAUAGGCGAUUCAGGUGAUGACAAAACUGUGGCUACAACUUUAGACAACCUUACAAACUGUAUUACAGUCAUCCUGUAGACGAAUCAGAUAAAAAUAAAGACAUGAGUAUAUACAGGAAAAUGAUAUAAUAGUUAUAUACAGUGUUUCAUUUACUAGAGUGAAGUUAUUAAGAUAUCUAGACCUUUGAAAAGUAAUUUAAAAGGUUUUAUAUCUGAACUAUCCGCAGUUAUUACCAGUCAAGUAAAAAGAGACAACAAAAAGGAGAAAAUACGCUUCAUAUUCAGAUGUUAUUAAUCCUUUGUUUAGGUAACCUCCCUUCAUGGCUCUGACUAUAUAAGUUCAGGACUAUGUUAUAUUAAAAGAAAUGUUUGUCAAACCAUUUAUUUAUGUACUAGUAUAUUAUUAGUGUAUUCAUCAUUGAAAGAAAUCUUUUUUCUAGCCAUCUAAUCAUGUAUAUUCCCCAUUCAGACAACUAUCUCAUUUGUAUCUAGAUAGAUUUAAAGCAUUUUUUGAACUUUAGUUAAACUUUCAUCGAAUGUUAAAUAUGUGAUUAUGGAAAAGAAGAAUACGACAUGUUAGACUUGAAUAUUUACGAUGAUUUUUUAAGCAUACAUGUAUGGUUGAAUUAUUUCUACAGUUACAAUUUGUUUUGCAAAUUUUAAAGGUUAUAACAUGCUUGGGGUUCCCCAUGGCUAAAUGGUCAAGACAGCUGACUUUGGGUCGAUUGACCGUAAUCGAUUUGAGUUCCAACCCAUACUAUAUGCGUAGUAUUUCUUAUAUAUACUAGAAAACCAUGCAUGUGUACUCAACAAGACUAGAUUUAUGUUGAUUGAGUAUAAGAUAUGCGUAAAGGGCUUAAAUAUUUUGUCGCAUAAAUUACUGAAUGUAUUUGACACAGUCAUGAAACAAUGCUGAAAUAUUAUUUUGCAUUUGAAGUUGUGCACCUGAAGGUUUGUGUGAGACUUUAACGUUAUCAACACAUUUUUUUCUUAAGUACAUAUGAUAUGAGAUGAUUGAUACAAAUUUGCGUAAAUUCCAAAAUUUAUGUUGUUUUUUCCCCGAGAAGAUGUCUGAUAUAAUUAAACUAAAAUGUUCAUUUAUUCAAAAUAUCUUUAGUUGAAAACUUUUUCUUUUGAACUACGUAAGUGGCUAACAUCACACACAACAGAACCAAAAACAUAAAACUUACGAGUGUUCAUGACUUUUUUCUGAGUUAUUUAGAGAAAAUGUGUGAAGAUAUUUAUUGCAAUGGUACUGUUCCUAUCUUUCUAAAACUUAGAUAUGAUAUUAAAACAUCUGAUACGUUAAAUACUAAAUACUUACUUACAAAUAGCUCAUUUUAUUCAUGGUCAAAUAUCUCAAAAACUAGCAUACGGACCUAUACAUUUAAUAUCACCAUAUUACAGGUCAUAUGUAUAUUUACAACUGUGAGACGUCUUAUUAAAGUCAACGUCGUGAAAAAUCUAUUUUUGAAUAUGUUAUAAAAGUUAAGAUUUUACAAUAGACUCCCAUUUUGAAAAAAUGCAGGAGGUCCAAAUUUUUAAAAUCGGUCUGGCAAAAAAUCAAGUACACGACCCUAUGUUUUUUUCGCUGGAUUUGCUUAGUAUAUUUUCUGAAAUUUGAAAAUUCAGAAUUUAAUCUAAUUCUACAUAUAAGAAAAAAAUUCGAUUCGAACGCGCAGAACUACGACCGUAUCUAAUCAAUAGAUGCUUUGUUUCGUUUGUUUGUUGCUGUCUUUUUUCUUUGCAAUCUCGGAGAAAGAUUCUCUCAAAUUCGGAUUAUGUACAUAGCUGCACAGACAUAUGUUCUUCACAAUUUAUGUAUUACUUUAGAUAUUUUGAAUAGUUCCAAAUUCAGUCGCAGUGCUUCUGACCCUUUCAGUCAGCUUUAUUUUUCGAAAUGGCCUUUUCGACUGUUUUCCGCGCAGUACAUCAUAGUAUUACUAACCUUUCUUACUUAAAAUCGUAAGUGUAAACUACAUUUAAGAAGUUACAAAGUAGAAGAUUUUGGUAGCUUAGUGAAAGGAAUAGAAUUUUAAUCUACUUUGCUAAGCUCAGUAAUUAAAGAAUUUAUAACAUUGUUUGUCACUGAAAGUUUGUAAAAAUAGAAUGAAAUAUG